AUGACACAGAAUAUUAAAUUCUUCCACAAUGAAUGGAUUGACAGGACAUCCAUUCCAGUGGCCAGACGUAUUGUACCUGGACAUCACACGACAGAGUGUUCCAGAAACGACUGUCAAUACGGUGGAGAAUGGAAUGGUAUUAAGAAGUCAUUCUUCAAUGGAUCAAGAAAUGAGAGAAAGAUCCACACAUGGAAUGGAAAUCGCCAUGGACCAAGGUCAUACAACAAUGACAUGUACGACCAACCAUAUAUUAUGGAGCAUGGAUACCAUUGCAGGAAGUACUUGCUCAAGACACCACAGUUGGUAGAGUACCAUGAGCCAAUCAUGUACACCAGACCAUACUACCUGGAGAGAAUCAAUCACUCUGGUCUGGUGCAUCCAUCCUACCUGUCAGACGGCAGCAAGGUCAUGGGUAUGGAGAUGGCCAACAGAUUCGUCAAGGCCGACCAGCUCUACACCUACGCCGACGAUCUCCAGUUCAAGGAGCGCCAGAGACAGGACAAUGAGUCCGUCCUCAAGCACCAGGAGAUCGCCAGACUCAACGCCAACCAGAAGGCUCACGAGAAGGCCGUUCUCAGGAGCAAGAUCAAGAGAGACCAGUUCCUUACUGAGGAGAAGGUCGUUGCUGAGGCUGAGCCAUUGUUCAUGCCAGUCGGUGCUCCAAUCGCCAGAACUGAGAUUAUUGAGCAGGUCCCAAUUGCCACUGCCGCACCAAUCAUUGAGAGGACCACCAUUGUCCAGAGACCAGUCGUCAGACAAUCAACUGUCGACCCAGUGAUGUACCACGACAGACUCUACGUUCAGGAGCCAGUGGAGAUCGUCCAACACAGAGAGUACCCCCAAAACACUUCAUCGGGACAUGAGCGCGUGUACAUGGAGCGCGAGCCAGUCAGAGAGGAGGCCUACUUUGACCCAAGCAACCUUGUCGAGCAGCAACCACAGAGUGUAAUGAUGGACAAUGGACAGACAUCACAAUGGGUAUCAGACUCUGGCGAAACCUACCGCAACACCUAUGACGGACGUAUCAUUGAGCACGGCACAAUCUCACCAGUCAUCAUCCGUGAUCGUGUUGCCUACCGUCAGGGACCAACAAUGAAGCAAUACCAGUAG